GACGGAGGGGAGAGGGGGGGGGGGGGGUCUGCCUCUGCCGCUGCCUCUUCCUCCUCCUCCUCUUCUUCUUCCUCGUCGAGGAAGUCCUCCGGUGUCCGCUUCGGGAGGAACUGCGGAGAAGGGAGGGAGGGGGGAGCGAGGGCGCCUGGAGCCCCGCCGGAGCCUGGCCGCGACCCCCGGGAGCCCCGCCGGCCUGUCUGGGCGCUGCCCUGGCCCCGCGCCCUCCCCGCGCGCCCUCCCCAUGGCCGAGGCGCGGUGGUGGUGGGCGAGGCCCGUGGUGUGAGCGGGGCGGGGGCCGGGCGGACCAUGCAGAAGGCGCUGCGCCUGAACGAGGGCCACGCGGGGCACCUGGGCCUGGUGGCCAAGAAGGAGGGCUCCCGCCGGGGCUUCCUGGCCAAGCGCAGCUCCGACAACACCAAAUGGCAGCCCCGCUGGUUCGCCCUCCUCCACAACAUGCUCUUCUACUUCGAGAGCGACGCCAGCGCCAGGCCGGCCGGGCUCUACCUCCUCGAGGGAUGCCUCUGCGACCGCGCCCCGGGGCCCAAGCCCAAGGACCCCCAGGACAAGCAGCACUACUUCACCGUCAACUUCAACCACGAGAACCAGAAGACGCUGGAGCUGCGGACCGAGGAUGCGAAGGACUGUGACGAAUGGGUGGCAGCCAUCAGCCACGCAAGCUAUAGGACUCUUGCGACGGAGCACGAAGCCUUAAUGCAGAAGUAUCUCCAUUUACUCCAGAUUGUGGAGACGGAGAAGACGGUUGCCAAGCAACUCAGGCAACAAAUUGAAGAUGGAGAAAUAGAGACGGAGCGCCUGAAGUCGGAGAUUGCGGCCUUAUUGAAGGACAACGAGCGCAUCCAGUCCAGCCAGACCAGCCCCCCAAAUGAGGAUGACGACGACAACGACAUCAAGAAGAUCAAGAAGGUCCAGAGCUUCCUGCGGGGCUGGCUCUGCCGUCGGAAGUGGAAGACCAUCAUCCAGGACUACAUCCGCUCCCCGCACGCCGACAGCAUGCGCAAGAGGAACCAGGUGGUCUUCAGCAUGCUGGAGGCCGAGGCCGAGUACGUCCAGCAGCUCCACAUCCUGGUCAACAACUUCCUGCGGCCCCUGAGGAUGGCGGCCAGCUCCAAGAAGCCCCCCAUCACCCACGACGACGUCAGCAGCAUCUUCCUCAACAGCGAAACCAUCAUGUUUUUGCACCAGAUCUUCUACCAGGGCCUGAAAGCACGCAUCUCCAGCUGGCCCACCUUGGUGUUGGCCGACCUCUUUGACAUCCUGCUGCCGAUGCUGAACAUCUACCAGGAGUUUGUCCGGAACCACCAGUACAGCCUCCAGAUCCUGGCCCACUGCAAGCAGAACCGGGACUUCGACAAGCUCUUGAAGCACUACGAGGCCAAGCCCGACUGCGAGGAGCGGACGCUGGAGACCUUCCUGACAUACCCCAUGUUCCAGAUUCCCAGGUACAUCUUGACGCUGCACGAGCUCCUGGCCCACACGCCCCACGAACACGUUGAGAGGAACAGCCUGGAUUACGCCAAGUCCAAGCUGGAAGAGCUCUCCAGGAUCAUGCACGAUGAAGUGAGUGAGACUGAAAACAUCCGGAAGAACCUGGCCAUCGAGCGGAUGAUUAUCGAAGGCUGUGAAAUCCUUCUGGACACCAGCCAGACAUUUGUGAGACAAGGCUCCCUGAUCCAAGUGCCGAUGUCCGAGAAGGGGAAGAUCACCCGCGGGCGCCUGGGCUCCCUCUCGCUGCGCAAGGAGGGCGAGCGGCAGUGCUUCCUCUUCUCCAAGCACCUGAUCAUCUGCACACGAGGCUCCGGCGGAAAGCUGCACCUGACCAAGAACGGCGUGACUUCCCUCAUCGACUGCACGCUGGUCGAAGACACAGAAAGCACGGACGAGGAUGCAAAAGGAUCUGGUCAAGAUAUCGACCACCUCGACUUCAAGAUUGUGGUGGAACCAAAAGACGGCCCUUCCUACACCUUGAUCCUAGUGGCCUCCUCCAGGCAAGAAAAGGCCGCUUGGACCAGUGACAUCAGCCAGUGCAUAGACAAUAUCCGGUGCAACGGCCUGAUGAUGAAUGCCUUUGAGGAGAACUCCAAAGUCACCGUUCCCCAAAUGAUCAAGUCGGACACCAGCCUGUACUGCGACGACGUGGACAUCCGCUUCAGCAAGACCAUGAACUCCUGCAAAGUGCUGCAGAUCCGCUACGCGAGUGUGGACCGGCUGCUGGAGAGGCUGACCGACCUGCGCUUCCUCAGCAUCGAUUUCCUCAACACCUUCCUCCACUCCUACCGGGUCUUCACCACGGCGGUGGUCGUCUUGGACAAGCUCAUCACCAUCUACAAGAAGCCCAUCAGCGCCAUCCCGGCCAGGUCCUUGGAGCUCCUGUUUGCCAACAGCCAGAACACCAAGCUCCUCUACGGCGAGCCGCCCAAGUCUCCGCGGGCCAACCGGAAGUUCUCCUCUCCGCCGCCGCUGUCCCUGACCAAGUCCUCGUCCCCGAGCCGCCGGAGGAAGCUCUCCCUGAACAUCCCCAUCAUCACGGGGGGCAAGGCCCUGGACCUGGCCGCCCUCAGCUGCUCCUCCAACGGCUACGCCAGCAUGUACUCCUCCUCCAUGUCGCCCUUCAGCAAAACCAGCCUCGACAUCAACAAGCUCUACGUCUCCAGCGGCGGCAGCGGGAGCCCCGUCACCACCACCACCACCAGCAACUACUCCGGCAAGGCCCCGCCGGACGAAGGGGAAGGUGCGGCCGAGAGGCCUGAGGACCUUCUCUCCACCAGCAGGUCGGGCGCAGAGAUGUCCGUCCAGGAAGAGUCCGACGGGGAUCCCAACCAGAGCGACGACGGGGAUGCAGAGACGUCUCCGAUCAAGUCUCCCACGACUCCCAAACCGGUCAAGAGCAAGAGCUCCUCAGAGUUCCCCUUGUUUGCCUACAACAACGGGGUGGUCAUGACGUCCUGCCGGGAGCUGGACGGCAGCCGCAGCGCCCUUUCCGCAGCCUCCGCCUUCGCCAUCGCCACCGCCGGAGCCAACGAAGGCACCCCAACCAAAGAGAAGUACCGCAGGAUGUCCUUGGCCAGCGCAGGUUUCCCUCCCGAUCAAAGGAAUGGCGACAAAGAGUUUGUGAUCCGAAGGGCGGCCACCAACCGAGUGCUGAAUGUCCUCCGGCACUGGGUCUCCAAGCAUGCCCAGGAUUUUGAAACAAACGAAGAGCUGAAAAGCAAAGUGAUCAGCUUUCUGGAGGAAGUGAUCCACGACCCGGAGCUCCUGACGCAAGAGCGAAAAGCCGCCGCCAACAUCAUAAGGACUUUGUCUCAGGAUGACCCUGGGGACAACCAGAUCACUUUAGAAGAGAUUUGGCACAUGGCUGCAGGAGUCAAAGCCGAGCCCUUCGAAAACCACUCGGCCUUGGAGAUCGCGGAGCAGCUCACCUUGCUGGACCACUUGGUCUUCAAGAGCAUCCCCUACGAGGAGUUCUUCGGCCAAGGCUGGAUGAAGGGCGAGAAGAACGAGCGGACCCCGUACAUCAUGCGGAACACCAAACACUUCAACGAUGUCAGCAACCUGAUUGCCUCCGAGAUCCUCCGCAACGAGGAGGUCACGGUCCGGGUCAGCACCAUUGAGAAGUGGGUGGCCGUGGCCGACAUCUGCCGCUGCCUCCACAACUACAACGCGGUGCUGGAGAUCACGUCCGCCUUCAACCGCAGCGCCCUUUUCCGCCUCAAGAAGACCUGGCUGAAGGUCUCCAAGCAGACAAAGGCACUGAUUGACAAGCUGCAGCGGCUGGUGUCUUCAGAGGGACGCUUCAAGAACCUACGGGAAGCCCUGAAAAACUGCGACCCGCCCUGCGUCCCUUACCUGGGCAUGUACCUGACGGACCUGGCCUUCAUCGAAGAGGGCACCCCGAAUUACACGGAGGACGGCCUGGUCAACUUCUCCAAGAUGAGGAUGAUUUCCCACAUCAUCCGAGAAAUCAGGCAGUUUCAGCAGACGGCCUACAAAAUCGAGCACCAAGCAAAGGUGACCCAGUACCUCCUGGACCAGUCGUUCGUGAUGGACGAGGAGAGUCUCUACGAAGCGUCUCUGCAGGUCGAGCCCAAGCUGCCCACCUGAGCCCCCAACGCAGAGGCCCAUCCUCUCUGGCCGUGGUGUACACACCUUGUAGCAUAUUGUACAUAAUCGCGGCUCUGUUCUGUUUCUUCCGGGGAGGGGUGGGGGGAGUCCGUGGCUGAGUCUCUGCUUCAUCUGUGCUUCUGUAAGAUCUGCCGCCCCAUUGCCCACCCCCCGCCGUUUGCCCUCGGACCCUUUUUGCUGGGAGACACGUCACACUAUGUAACGCGAUUUUUGUUCCGGGGUUAUCAAUGCCAUCUCCUAAUCGGAAACCUAAUCGGUCCGAUCAUAAAAACAUAGGAAAAGUUUACUCAACUGCACAAACUUUGACGUUUUAGCUAUAGUUUCCCGAUCAACAUCUCUUAGAACGGGACAUGGGCAAACUUGGGCCCUCCAGGUGUUUUGGACUUCAACUCUCACAAUUCCUAACAGCCGGUAGGCUGUUAGGAAUUGUGAGAGUUGAAGUCCAAAACACCUGGAGGGCCCAAGUUUGCCCAUGCCUGUCCCCUCCAGACAUUCCCUGUAAACCCGGAAGCAAUCGCUACAAAAGCCAAAAAAACACGAGUUUCCCAGGUGCGGGAAUAUCCCGAUUUCGAGACGAAUAUCCAGAUCUCUGCAUGUCUGUAUGUCCCUGCAAUUGGAAACCACAGAAUUUUAAAAUCUGGAUUUGUUCCUGGAUUUUAGAUGUUUGUUCCUGAUUGGUCAGUUCCCCCAAAAAAUAUUUAUUUAUUUGCAGUAUUUAUAUUCUGCCCUUCUUUCUCACCCUGAAAGGGACUCAGGGCGGAUCACAAUGCACAUAUACAUGGCAAACAUUCAAUGCCAUUAGACAGACACAUAUAGACAGACACAGAGGCAAUUUAACAUUUUCCAGCUUCCGGCUUCAUGAGGGUAACAUAUAGACAGACACAGAGGCAAUUUAACAUUUUCCAGCUUCCAGCUUCAUGAGGGUAACAUAGACAGACACAGAGGCAAUUUAACAUUUUCCAGCUUCCGGCUUCAUGAGGGUAACAUAUAGACAGACACAGAGGCAAUUUAACGUUUUCUAGCUUCCAGCUUCAUGAGGGUAUGAUCGAUGAAGCCGGAAGCAGCUUCACCAUCCACUUAUGACACCGAGUCCUUGAUGGAGUACUUCCUCCUAUUCCACACACUGCUGACAGUUUUAUGAUGUCGUAAAUUAGUUAAAUUAGCCUCCCCACAUAAAGCGGUACCUAAAUUUUCUACUUGAAGGAUGCAACUGUCUUUCGAGCUGCUUAAGUCAACAGCGAGCUAGGUUAUUAAUGGUCGGGAGCUCAAUCCAACCCGGUCUUUGAUCUCAGUCAGUAGUGAUUUAUUGCAGAUGGCUACUAACCAGCUGCGCCACAGCCUGGCCCUUCUAAAAAAAAAGGCGACACUUGAGUAGAAGGCAAAAACGUUGCCCUGGGCAGAGGAACUUUGUCCUUCACCUGUUUAAUGAAGUUUGUGGUAGAAAAAUGAAGUUCCUAGGGUGCAACAAGUACUUGUACAUCACGUAUUACACAAUGAAUCAGGAACAGACACUUUCAAACCAGGAACAGAAUGUCAUCAUUACUGUAGUUAGUCAGACCUUGUUGUAUGGCCAUCUGUGCAGACAUGUUUCGUGGUGUACUUGUGCCACAGGAUGAUGUUGCCGGGUUAUACAUGUUCGUUCCUCAUUGGGUGUAUGAUGUAUGUAGUUAAUGGUAGUUAAUGGCUGACAACAUGGGUACAGUUUAGUAAAUAGCAAAAACUUACUACUGGUUGUUGGCACAUGGAUGUGCUGGAGAGGAAUGUAAAUACCCAGAGCCAAGGUCAUGCAGGUGGCUAAUAGAAACAACAUUGUAUAACCCAGGAGCAGCACCACAUUGUUGCAUGCCACAACCAAAUCUGUCUGGACAGAUGGCCAGGCAGCCAGGCUCUGAAAAGUGUCAAUAAUGAGACAGUUCUGUUCCUGGCUUGAAAGUGUGUGUUCCUGUUUUGUUGUGCAGUGCUGACUUGGGCAGAAGUGGUCUUACUCCAUUAGGUUUAUUUCUGUGGCAGAUAUUUCAUGAAACAUCUAUAGUUUUUCUGGCCAGGACAAAGAACUUUUGCAGAGAUCCGCAUAUUCGUAUAUCUGCAUAUCCGUAUAUCCGCAUCCUGGGGCUUUUAAAAAAAUGCUGCCGAGGUUUUCAGUGGAAGUCCCAUGGCGGUUAUUUUCAGAGCCUCUAAAUCUCAGAAUAAGUAUGGACAACGGAGGCAGAAAUCCUAGGUCUGUCUCUACGUGGAUCUCUUCUGAAGUCCUGGGAUUUUUUGCCUCUGUUUAAAAUCCAUGAUUUAGUGCUGUCUGGAAGCGCCCUCAACUAAUUGUAAUAUCGUGGCAGCCACAGAAACAAAGUUUCUGAAGUAUAGCAACUAUAUUCAGAAUAAGGAUGGCACAGUGGAACAGGAAAUACGACUUUCAAACCAGGAACAGAAUCUUGCAAAUGUUACAUAGUGUUGUGGAAGCCGACGGAGCAGAGGGCAAGGGGGGAGAGCAGGCGUGGGUCCAAAGGGCCCCUUUUUGGACUUUCUCCUCUUGCUCCUCUCUCCCCUUGUUCCUCCGAGGCUCAGCAAUGGGAAACGGAGGGUGCAAAGUCUGUUUGCACAGGCAAGCAUUGCACACAGACCCCCAAAUUUAGGCCCCUUUGCAGCCGUCAAGGCUUGCUUGGAUGAAGAGCCACCCAUUUGUGCAAUCCUGUGCAUGAAUCAGGCCCAAAUCCAUUAUAGAAGGGGACCCCAGUGGACUGGAUGGCCUUUGGGGAGCCCUUUCAAUUCUGUUAGAAUAUAAAUUGUCUAGAAGUCUGGUAGAGUCUCUCUCUGGGUUGUUUUUAUAGCCGAGUCUGGAUGGCCAUCUGUCGGGAGGGCUCAGGUGGUGUCUUUACGGCAGAAGGGGGUUGGACUGGAUGACCUUUGGGGAUUCCUUUCAACCCUACUGGAAUACAAACCGCCUGGGUGUCUGGUAGAGUCUCUCUCUGGGGUUUGUUGAGCAAAGGUUAGAUGGACAUCUGUAGGGAGGGCUUUGAUUGUGCUUUUCUUUAUGGCCAAAGGUGUUGGACGGGAUGACCUUUGGGGAUCCCUUUCAACUCUGUUGAAAUAAAAACUGCCAUGGAAUCUGAUGGAGUCUCUUUCUCUAGAGGUUUCUAAGUAGAGGCUGCAUGGCUAUCUGUCGAGAGGGCUCGGUUGGUGUCUUUAUGGCAGAUGGAGGUUGGACUGGAUGACCUUUGGGGAUCCCUUUCAAUUCUGUUGUAAUAUAAACUGCCUGCGAGUCUGGUAGAGUCUCUCUUUGGAUUUUUUUUAAAGCUGAGUCUGGAUGGCCAUCUGUCAGGAGGGUUCGGAUGGUGUCUUUAUGGCAGAUGGGGGUUGGACUGGAUGACCUUUGGGGAUCCCUUUCAAUUCUAUUAGAAUAUAAACUUCCUGGGAAUCUGGUAGAGUCUUUCUCUGAGUUCGUUUUAAAGCCAAGUCUGGAUAGCCAUCUGUCGGGAGGGCUUGGAUGGUGUCUUUAUGGUUGGACUGGAUGACCUUUGGGGAUCCAUUUCAACUCAGUUGAAAUAUAAGUUGCCAUGGAGUCUGGUGGAGUCUCUUUCUCUGGAAGUUUAAAAGUAGAGGCUGUAUGGCCAUCUGUUGAGAGGGAUCAGAUGGUGUCUUUAUGGCAGAAGGGGUCAGACUGGAUGAUCUUUGGGGAUCCCUUUCAACUCUGUUGGAAUAUAAGCUGCUAUGGAGUCUAGUAGAUUUUUUUAAACAGGCUGGAUGUCCGUCUGUCGAGAGGGAUCGGAUGGUGUCUUUAUGGCAGAAGGGGGUCUGGCUGGAUGACCUUUGGGGAUCCCUUUCAACUCUGUUGAAAUAUAAGCUGCUAUGGAGUCUAGUGAAUUCUCUUUCUCUGGAAUUUUUAAACAGGCUGGAUGGCCAUCUGUCGAGAGGGAUCGGACGGUGUCUUUAUGGCAGAAGGGGGUCAGGCUGGAUGACCUUUGGGGAUCCCUUUCAACUCUGUUGAAAUAUAAGCUGCUAUGAAGUCUAGUGGAUUCUCUUUCUCUGGAAUUUUUAAACAGGCUGGAUGGCCAUCUGUCGAGAGGGAUCGGACGGUGUUGUUAUGGCAGAAGGGGGUCAGGCUGGAUGACCUUUGGGGAUCCCUUUCAACUCUGUUGGAAUAUAAGCUGCUAUGGAGUCUAGUGGAUUUUUUAAAACAGGAUGGAUGUCCGUCUGUCGAGAGGGAUCGGAUGGUGUCUUUAUGGCAGAAGGGGUCAGACUGGAUGACCUUUGGGGAUCCCUUUCAACUGUUGAAAUAUAAGCUGCUAUGGAGUCUAGUGGGUUUUUUUAAACAGGCUGGAUGUCCGUCUGUCGAGAGGGAUCGGACGGUGUCUUUAUGGCAGAAGGGGGUCAGGCUGGAUGACCUUUGGGGAAACCUUUCAACUGUUGAAAUAUAAGCUGCUUUGGAGUCUAGUGGGUUUUUUUUAAACAGGCUGGAUGGCCAUCUGUCGAGAGGGAUCAGAUGGUGUCUUUAUGGCCGAAGGGGUCAGACUGGAUGGCCUUUGGGGGUCUGCUGUGGGGAGGCCCCCCUUGUCUUUUGGCUCCUGUCCUUGUGGGGAAGGGGCUUUUGUCCACGCGCUCUUGUCUGUCGACCCGCUUGUGAGACUUCUUUGUGACCUAGACGUAGAAAGGGGUGAGGAUGGGGAGGAGGCCGAUGACCACCGCGACCACGUGUUCCUCUUACAUCUACUGUAAUCCCGGCUCACCACUUGGCUGCUGGCCGGAGUAUAGUGAUGCAGUGCUUCUUCUGUGAAUAUGAUUAUUAUUAUGAUUAUUAUUUUCCCUUAUUUUACAAACACUGUACAGUACAGAAGCCCCGGCGACUCUCUGCGUGGCAGGCAUGCUCCACACGGCCAUGGAAAUCCAGAAAAAAACCCUUUAUUUUCGCUGUAAGCAAUACUCAUCGGUACCAGAAGAAAUAUAUAUUUCAACUUACAGCUUGUUUGGGGGAAGAGAGAAAAAUAGGGUUCGGGGCGGGAAGUGGGGGGGGGGGGGAGAAGAUGAGGAAAAUUUCCAUUUUUGUACAAAUAUAUGUUUCCUGAUUACCUCUUGCUAAUAAAUCUAUUCUAUCUCAGGGUAACGAGGCCUUGGCAAAUGUGUAUCAAUAAUAAAUCAGAUCAAUAAAUAAGUCCAGACAUCUA